GAUUAGGAUUUGUCCUUCCUCCUUCCUGCAGAGUGCAGACAGGUCUAAUAGGGAUCUGAUCCAGUUUGUAAAUUCCGGGAAGUUCCAGCCCAGUUGAGUUCGAGUAGUUCUAGUGCAGUUUAGUUAGCCAGCUGAUUAUCCUACCCACGUCAAUUGAUUGACAUGUCCUGUCUCUUGUCUGUCAACUCAACAACAAACCGUCACCAAGCAUGAACUAAAAGUGUGAGAUUUUGGGAAUGGUCUAGUGUUAUUUUAUUAAUCAUCAGCCUAUUUGAGCUGUAAGUGUUGUAGUAAACUUAGCUUGGGGUUAUCAGUAUCAGACUUGUUUUUGUAUUGGCGAAUGUGAUCAUUAAGUUAUUUGUCAAAAUGCAUAUGUCAUUUUAUUUUGACUACAAACUUCAAGACUUUUUCAUUCAUGGUUUAAAUACCGACAAUAUUGCAGAAUUUCUCAUUGUUUGCUUGAUUCUUAUUGUGCUUGGGGUCGCCUAUGAAGGAUUAAAAAUUACACUAGCUGACAACAAGAACCAAACAAACUCAAUAUCUCAACUGAAUCAACAAAGUAAUCCUCAUGAUAGCACCACUUUGAUUGGGGAGGUACCAAAAGGCAUCAGGAGAAAAAGGACAUACAAGCGCCUAAUUGGGUCUUGCUUGUUUAUGCUUCAUUCAAUAAUGAGCUUCGUGUUGAUGCUUGCCGUGAUGUCGUUCAACGGCUACCUUACACUGGCUGUGCUGUCUGGAUAUGCCAUUGGCUACGUUGUGUUCGGACCAAAAAUUAGUGAAAGGAAUUUGAUGAGUCUUCGGGCAAACUAUCCUUGUCAGCAUUGCCUUAUUGGGGAAGGAAAAGGAAGUACAGAAGUUGCAAUUUUGGAUGAGGUUGCAAACUCAUCAAGCUGUUCACACCCGUCUCGGCCCCAACAUGCGUCUGAAGUUCCAACAGAUUAACCAGAAGCGAGCCUUGAAUCUGUACAAUAUUUGUAAUGUAAUGUAAUUUAUUUAUUAAGGAGCCAUAAACAAAACGUGAAAGUUGCACCCAUUUCACAAGGUGAUGGCAGCUGAAUUUUACAGUAGAUAUUGUAAGUAAAAUGAUGGAAAAGGUGUAUACUUGUCAGUUUUAGGCACUUCAUUUUAAAAUAGGGUUGUUAAGAUUAGGUGUUUAUUAUGACCAAACUCAAGCCAAACACCCUCAAUUGAUCCUGAUUACAUUGUCUAAGUGUGGUCGAUAUUCGUGAGUGCUCAUCGCUGACAAGAAUUAUCAUAAUGCAUUUUAUUCUAUCGAACCAGACAAUUUUUAAAAUAUGAUUUGGAAACAUGUCGGGGUGCAACUUUUGGGUUUUAAUGUUGAUCAUGGAUGGAAGUAAUAACUAUCAAUGGUCAAUUUGUAAAAAAAUAUUUUCCAUAGCAUACUUAGGCUUAGUUAGAUAGUAUCGAGUCAGGGGAGCAGAAAAUGUAUGAAGUGCUCAAUCAAAAAGGGGGAGGUGUUUGGGUAGGAUAUCUUAUGUACACCUAUCACCAUGCUUAUCCAGAUGGUACUUUACCUGUCACCUGUAUGUUGAUACUUUCUUGCCAGGUAACUUUUCUACUUCAUGUUCACACCGCUUUUUAAUGUACCACACAGUCGCCUUCAUUUUUGAUUCCUCUGUGUGGUGUGUGGUCUGUUGUAGUGGUUUAUUCUUCUGUUUAAAUGAGCUGGUCAGCUUAUCUUAGCCUUCUACAUUUGGUUCCUGCCAAUAUUUAUUCCUCUUUGAAGAGAUUUCUGAGUUGUUAUUGUGUCUUACCCAUUAAGUUUUUCCUUUAUUUGGUCGUUUUUUCCAAAAGUCAAACAAGUCAUAAAAAUAAGGAUUUGUCUGAUUUUUUAAUCAUAACCAGACUAUUUGUUAUGAGGCGACAAUAUAACAACUGUCAUAAGAUAAGAUUUUUGUAGAAUUUUUUUGAAGAGCAAAAUGCUUUCUUGGCAAAUUUGAUGUUGUAAUUUUUCAUUUUUGCUUAUUGUUUGAAUUCCAGCAUAAAAUUUUAUUGUUAUUUAUUUAUUUAACAACAAUUUACACUCAAUUAUAAGUAUUUUAAAACUGUAUACUAUCUGAAGUGUUAUUGUAACUUUUUGAAAAAUAUAUUAACAUAGCUGAUGAUAAAUCAUGUAAAAGAACAUUGUUGAUGGUAAACGAUUGCUAAAAGCCUUGUUCUGUAAUGCUUUGUUAGGCUACCUACCAAAUUCAACAUCUUUUUACUGUGAGGUUUCUACAUUGUUAAACAAAGCUGUCUUAAUAAUGAGCCAAUGAAAAGACAAGUUUUGUUUGUGCAGGUGAAAGCCGUAGUUUGCAUUGAACAUAGUAACAGCGUUAACAUCACACAUGCACCCUUUGUUUGUUAAUUAAUGAGCAAGUGUGACUUUAUAAAUGAAGUUUAAUGCCAAUCAAUUUUACAAAAGUUAUUAUCCUAAAUAUUAAAAAUUGUUUAAAAAAGUUUACAUGAAACUUAAAAGAUCUUUUCUAUUUUCAUGAGGUAAAAGUCUUCCUGAUGCAUAAAUAGAUCUCUUGGAUGGACACGUUUGUUAAAUCUACAAACUCUUUUAAUUAACAAAUAACUGGUUAAAUUGUUCAGUUUUAUAAUUUAUUAUCUUAUGGGGGAUUUAUAGAAACUUUCACCCCCUGGAUUAAUAAUUAUUCUUGUAAAUAAAAAAAUUAAGGAAUUAAAGAACAUGAAAACAACUUUUUUUCAUUAAGUAUAGUUAGUUUUAUUGGGGAACCCUGAUAGAAUAAUAAAGUCUGAACUGUAAAAUAGAAUGUUCCUUUUAGUACUCUGCUCCCCUGUAUAAUUUUAAGUCAUUGAGAGACAGGAGCUAAUAGACUAGUUUUAUAUGAACCUGUACUUGUUUGUGAACAAAUAUUGUUAGUAAAAGAGGAAGUGCAAUAGUCAAUUAACUAAGGUGAAGUACAGAAAAAUAACUACUUCUUCAUGAGACAUGGCCAUGUAAUCUACAACUGCUGCCCAUCCUCUCUAAACAUUCCAUUUCAUUCUGAUGUUACGCAUUUGGAGGUUUAAUAGAAUAAUGUUAACCAUCUUUCCCUUUCCGUUUUUUAAGUUUAUGUAAGUUUUAACCAUGAUAGUAACUGGACAGAUCAAAAUCUAGCUUGUGAUUUUUAUUGAACAACAUUUCACCUGGAACAUUUUAAAAUUAAUUAUGAAUAGCUCCAUAUUUUUGUAGUUACAGUUGGAUACUAUCUUGUUGAAUAUAUUUUUAAAAAAUGAUAACUAUAACCAAGGGAAAAGUAUUUAGUCUGCCUACUGUAUUUUUUCCUGCCAGUGAUCAUGGGUCUUGCCUGUGUUCGAAAUUGAAACUUUUCUUGUUACUUUUGGUUGACUUAGAUUCUCUUAAAACAGUAUAUUGCAUGUGUUAUCAUUUACUUAAAACCUGCCUAAUUGAUCAAAUACCGUAAUUGCUUAAGAAAAAUGUCUUCUUUUGUUGAUAAAUAUUCUAAAUCCAUAGAUGACCAUAUAUGAUAUAGACUGUUAAAGUCUUUAAUAUUUUUAACUGUAAAAAAAUGUCGUUAUAAAUAGAUAAUUAGUUUGCAAAAGCACUGAAUUUAAACCCUUGGUGUUUUAAAAGCUUCCGUCUCUUUUAAAAUAUAUCUACUGUGAAAUAUCUUCAAUUGACUGCAGAAAAAAAUACUCAUGCUUGUUAAGAGCUGUUUCAGUUAAAACUAUUAACAGAACUUUUUAAUUUAAUGAAAUCAAUAUUUAAAAUAGUUGUAUGAAGAAAUUUUAUGUUUCUAAAUGUAAUCUUUUGAAUGUAUAUAUACGGUGUAUACUCGUUAGUUUUAACUUUUAUAAUAUAUACCUAUCCUUCUUCUGUUUUAUUUUAUACUCAAAGAGUGCUGUGAGGAGCUCAUUAGAUAUUACCUAUUUAUAAGCCGAGUUUUAACAGCCAUUGAUGUUACCAGAAUACAAAUUGUGAUAUGUAAAACAAUUAGUCCUGUGACUCAACUCAUUAUCAUCUUGUAAAUAGGAGAAUAAAUUCUAAAUUCUAUUCUAAAGUCUAUAUUCUAACUGCCCAGAGUAAUACCAAACAAUAAUAGAUUUUGUGAGAACUUUUAUAUUGUUACAGUUAUUAUAUUUUAAUAGACUCUAAAAUGUUGAUUUUUAAGAGAUUAGAAAAUAAAAAAAUGUUUA